AGGUCACCAGAUGGCGCCCAAUGAGCGCGUCUUCGUUGGACUGUGUUGAGAUUGGGGAGUAGAGGAAAGAAAACUAGCCUACAUGCUGUGCGUAUGUUCGAUUUCAAACUAGUGUCGCGAUAGACUUUGAGUAGGCUACACGUUCCUCACAAUGGAGCAGUAACGACCGGCUCUCAAAACUGGUGCUAUCUAAGAUUCCAAAGGACCAUUAAUAGGUUACAGUUCUAUCUACAGGUUCCAAGCAGAGUGUGGUCAUGAAAACACUAAUAAUUGGAAUUGGUGGGAUGACUAACGGAGGGAAGAGCACUCUAAGCAAAGCAUUGCAGAAGCGACUGCCCAACAGUUGCAUCAUAUCCCAGGACACAUUCUUUAAGGACGACAGUUUGGUUCCUGUGGAUAGCCAUGGAUUCAAGCAGUAUGACCUGUUGUCAGCACUGCAUAUGGACAGGAUGAUGGAGGAGGUAGAGACCUGGCAGGACGACCCGAGGGCCUUCAAGGUGUCUCAUAAUGGUGUUGUCCAGCUGCUCUCUGAAGGAGUUGACCAGGUUUAUGUGCUCAUCAUCGAGGGCUUCCUCAUCUUCAACUACAGGCCUUUGAAUGAAUUGAUGAACAAGAAAUACUUUCUGCAGAUCCCCUAUGAGACUUGCAAGCAGAGACGGAGCUCAAGGGUUUACACCCCUCCAGACCCUCCGGGCUACUUUGAUGGACACGUGUGGCCAAUGUAUCUGAAGAACCGAAAAGAAAUGGAGGAGAUGGUUACAGACCUUGUCCUUCUAGAUGGCCUGACAGAGAGAGACAAGCUGCUGUCCAGUGUGCUUGAGGAUGUCACAGCAGACAUAGAAGCUCUCAGACAGGGAUGACUGGAACCUACCAGCUUAGUAAACUGGGCUUCCUGAGACUUCUGCCUGGCUGAAGGGUCUGAUGCUCCACAGAGAUCACCUUCAUGCAUCAGAUCACUACAGGUGUCAAACUUGCGUUUAACAGUUAUUCUCUGAGGACAGAACCAUAUUCAUCCCUCAUGAAAGUUACUUUUGUGAUAACCUAACACAAAUGAGAGAUGCAGCAAUGGCUAAUUUAAUAUGAUGUAAAUGUAAUAUAGGUGUAAUGACGUGUCCUAUAGUAAAGCAAACUAACUGAUCAUACAUUUGGUGAGGAUUGGAAAGGAGGAUUGAUGCUGAGGGUUUGCCACACUGGAGAAUUAUUGUUGAUAUGUGAACAACAGACAAUAGAUCUCUCCCUUUAGUGCACUACAGGUUUUUGAGUGAGAAGUAAUGGCACCUGUUUCAGAUUGGCUGCCUGCAAUGGUGUUGUGUGAGUGGAUGCACACUCUGUGUUUGUUUUCAGUGUACACAGCCAGGGCUGUGCAGGAAAACUGGGGUUAUUGUAAGUGCGCAUGCAGAAAGGACAGCAGAUCGUGAGGAGAUAUUUGCUGAAUGUGACAAAAAGUAUAUUCGUGUAGAAGUAGCUUACUAUUCCUUUAACACUGACCAAAUGUUCUGCCUUAAGUUAAUGUGCAUUACAUUAGCAUUAAUUUCAGUCACUGACCUCUCACCUAUUCAGUUUGAACCCAACAUAUCUCCAUUUCCUGGUCAGUGCAAUUUCUUUCUGUAAAAUUGUGCAGUCUGCUUGGAGAGUUUUAGCGUUUCAUGAAUUUGAUAUUUUUAUUCAUUUGUUGCAGUAUGUCCUGUACAAUCCAGUAUGUUUGGUAUUCUGUACACAAUAAACAUAUUCAUUUUAUAAAUAAAA